AUGCCGGUUGAAACAAAAAUUAGCUUUUCUGACGGCAGCUCUACAGACACGUUGAGAAAGCUGAGCGACGAUUUGUCAAGAAAACAUUUAUCAGCUAGCAGCAGGUCCAGCAUAACUUCGAUGGACGCCUUAUGGGAGAAGCACCCGAGACGCCUCAGCGAGGCCGGCUUGAGACGCUCCUCAGAUCACAGUGUCGUUUUAACUGAGGAUACAGACAGUUUUAUAAUCGGCGAACGAGUAUGGGUGGGUGGCACUAAACCCGGCCAGAUAGCGUACAUCGGCGAAACACAGUUUGCCCCAGGCGAUUGGGCCGGCAUUGUACUCGACGACCCUAUAGGCAAAAAUGACGGGUCAGUGGCUGGAGUUCGUUACUUCCAGUGUCCGGAAAAGCGUGGAGUAUUUUCUCGCCUUACUAGACUGACUCGAGAGGCCCUCAUAUCUCAUGCACCGCAUGACGCUUCACCUAUUUCCGACGCCGGAAGUGUGUUCGAACGACCGCCUUCUGGCUCCGCAAGGCCCAGGCGUACACUCUCUCCAAAUGGUAGCGUACGAAGCGUCGUCAGCAGUAAGAUGAAUGCUUCCAUUUCUACCACAACAAACGGAGAUCUACGCUUAGGCGACCGAGUAAUUGUAUCUAGUAGUCGCGGCAGUAAAGCUGGUACUUUGCGUUAUGUGGGAGUGACUGAAUUUGCCCCUGGGGUUUGGGCGGGCGUAGAACUCGAUGAUCCUCUCGGGAAAAACGAUGGUUCAGUUGAUGGGAAAAGAUAUUUCGAAUGUGCCCCACGCUUUGGACUGUUCGCACCGAUUUCGAAAGUGUCCCGAUCGCCGUCGAACCGCAAGCCCGGAGCUUGCGCGAUCCACAGCAACGGGCGCGCCACGCCGCUGAGACGCUCGAACUCGCGCGAGUCGCUCACGUCGCUGGGCACUUCGAUCGCGUCCUCCCGCGUCGGGGUGAGGCUGUCGGCUCAGGAAAUGUUAAGAGAAAAGCAGCAACAUGUCGAACGUCUUCUUCGGGAGCGUGAGCUCGAAAGGGCAGAGGUUAUCAAAGUUACGAUGCAAAUUGAUCGCGCCGAGACCACUCUCGCACAGGUCAAGAAGGAAGCGACUCAGGCGAACAAUGAUAACGCGAAAUUGAAAGCCGAACUUGAUAAACUCAACAAGAUGCUGGAAGAUGAGAGGCAAAAGGUCGAAGAUCUUAUGUUCAGAAAUGAAGAAGAAAAUAUUAAUAAAGAAGAUUAUAAUAAAUAUAAAGAAGCAAUGGAGAAAGAAAAAGAAGCCCGCGAGAAGCAGAUACGUGAGCUUGAAGCGGAGGUGGCGCUGCAGGCGGCGCGCGCGGAGACCACCGCCGCGGCGCUGCGCGCGCUCGAGGAGCAGCGCGCGGCCGAGAUGAGUGCUUUGGCCGACCAGCACAAGGAGGAGCUGGCGGCUGCUCAUACUUUAUCUUCUGAACUACAGAAGUUACUGGAUGAAGCGUACGAUCUCCUCAAAGAGAAAGAGAGUGAAAAAGACUCGCUCGGUAAGAGCAUGUCCGAAGAACUCACUAAAGUUAAAAUGGAGUCGGAAAAGGCAUUAAAUGAAGCUAGAAGUAAAAUAGCUAUUGCUCAAACAGAAUUUGAAACUCAACUGUCGGUACUGACAGCUAAGUUACAGUUGGCCGAGUCGAAACUAGAGACUGAGAAACAAAAUGUAGAAAGAUUAAAUAAAGAUAGUAGCCAAAUAGUAAUAGAUCUUAAUAGUAAGUUAACAGCGCUUCAAGCGGCCGUUGAUGAUAAAACACUAGAGUUAAAUAAAGUUACGGGUGCAAGUAAAGAACAUGAAGUCCUUCUAAAUAAGGAAAUAACGAAGCUUAAAAUGGAACUGAGUGCCAAAAUCCUAGAUAUCGAGCAGCUGGAAGAUUGGAAGAAGAAGCAAGAGACAUCAUGUAAGUUGUUACAAGAAGAAGUUAACCGAGUCAAAGAAGAAUUGACUAACAAAGUCAAUGAAUAUGAAAGCUUUUUAAAUGAAGCAUCUCAACAAGAAGAGAAAAAUAAGUCGGAAAUAUUAAAAUUACAACAAGAACUUACAGCAAAAACUAAGGAUUAUGAGAAAUUACUCAAUGAAUCAAAUAUAUCUACUAGUAGUAAUGAUAAAAUUAUAAAUGAGCAUAAGCAAACUAUUCACGAGCGUGAUAAGGAAAUAAUUAAAUUAAAAGAUGAAUUCGAACAGACAACGGCCAAUUUCAACAUUAAACACAGUAAAAUCGCCGAAGAACAUAAAAAAGAAAUCGAAGAUCGUAACUCUAAGAUUGAGCAACUAAUAAAAGAAAUUGAAAAUCAUAAACAAGUGCUAGAUAAGAACAAAGUAGAAUUGGACGCAUUGAAUACACAAUUUACAAUAAAUGUAGAUGAGUUAAACGCACUUAAGGAAGAAAAUAGCAAAUUAAAACAGUCCCUCAAUGAAAUUACUGAAAUGAACACUCAACUUAAAGCUAAAGUGGCGGAAAUGGAACUGGAAAUUGGUGAAUACAAACGACAACUUAGCAGCGCUUUAGAUAAAUGUGAAGAAAUACAAAAUUCCAAAGAAAAAGUUGAAGCGGAAUAUAUGAAUCUUACGGGACAAGCGACCGAUUCUAAUGAGCAAUUUAAUAAGUUGUCGCAACAUUUGAAAGACUCGGAAAAAGAAUUGCACGAAUUGAAAGAUAAAUAUAGAGAAGCUACAAACACAUGCGGUAGGAUUGAGCAAGAAUUCAAACAGAAGAUAUUCAAAAUUCAAGAGGACUUUUCUCUAGAGAGGGGGCAGUUGGUUAGGUCAGUUGAUGAACACAUUGAUAAACUAAAAAUGGCGGAAAACAGAAUUAAGGAAUUUGAGUCACUUGUUAAUGAUACAAACAAUCGCUUAAGAGAUGCAGAAGCUCAAAACGAUAAAUUGCUCGAUGAAAACUCAAUAUUGAAAAAUGAGAUUGAAAGCUUGAAAGUGAAGGAACAAGAUAUAAGUAAUGAACAGGACGCCAUUCGUAAAAAACUUGAAGUAGACAUUGAUAGGUAUAAGGAAGAGAUAUCAUUGUUGAGAGCAGAAGGUGCUACUUCAGAGGUCAAAUUGAUGGAAAAAGUGGAUCAACUGACUGAGGCGCAGAAUGACUUAAAUAAUAAACUCGAAGAAGCACGUAAACAUGAGGACUCCUUGCAAAAGAUAUUAGACGAUAUGACCACACAAUUGAAUGGCCAAAAAGUUCAAUAUGAAAAAGAAAUAAAUCAAUUACAAGCUCAGUUAUCUUCUUUUAAUGAUGAAGCGAAAGCACAAAAAUUAGAAGAAUCGCGAUUAAAAGAACAAGUUGAAGAAAAACAAAAUCAUAUAAAGAAUUUAAUAUUAAAACUAGAAAUGCUAGAAGUUGAUAUAAAAUCUAAUGGAGAGAUGAUCACCGAGAAGGACCGCCAACUUACUCAAGUAACUGAGGAGUUGAAUAAAACAACUGAUAUAAAAAAUAAAUUAGAAGAGCAGCUAAAUAAAAGUAUUUUAGAAACGUCGACUAUAAAGCAACAGUAUGAAUCACUUUUAAACAAUUCUUCGGCAGAAGAAUCAUUAUUAAAGGAGCAACUAAAACAAUUGGAAACAUUAAAGACUGACAUGGCAACUAUUAGUAAUGAAAAGAAAAUAUUAGAAGAUAAAUAUACUGAAUCGUCCACUCAAAUAUCGAGCCUUAAAAAUGAAUUAGAAGAAUCUAACAAAAAAUUAAAAGAAAGUGUUUCGAAUUUGGAAGAACUAAAGAAAACUAUGGAUGAAAAAGAAAAAAUAAUCAAAUCUCAAAAUGACCAAAAUGAUAAUGACUCGAAUAAAACUAAGCAACAAGAGGAAAAUAUAAAUAAGCUUCAACAAGAGAUUCGUGACAAAAACACUAUAAUAGAAGGAAAACAAGUAGAGUUAAGUAAAUUAAAUGAAGCACUCACGCUGCAAACUGCGAAAACACAGGAAACGAUGAAACUAUUAGAAACUGAGAAUGCGGAUUUGAAGGCGAAAUACGUGAGCGAAGUUGAAUCUCUUAAUGCAACAGUUAAAGCGUUAAAGAGUAAUUUAGAGGAACAAAACAAACAUCUAGAAGAAUUACAAAAUACUAAAGAAAAAGUAAACGAACUACAGGAAUUAUUAACAAAAUCAGACAACGACAUAAAGAAAUUGACAGAUAUAAAUAACGCACAAAAAUUAAAUUAUGAUGAUCUCAACAAACAAUUGCAACUGCAAUUCGACGAAUAUAAAAAAGAAAGUAAAAAUGUUAGGCACGAACUGAAAAAUAAAAUUCAUGAUUAUGAGAAACAAUUGCAAGAGUCGAAGGAGAGAAUUUCUUUAGAAUUGGAAAAUCAGAAUAAAUUGCAAACGAAACUUAGUGAAGCUGAAAAGAAUGUUCUAGAACUGUCUCAGAAACUAGAAUUGUUGGCCGUCCAGCAAAAUAAUGAAGAAACUAAAGAUGAAAGAUUAGAAAAACUCACUUUAGAGUUACAAGCGACGAGACAGUCGGGCGCGGCCGCUUUGGCCAACAGUGAAAAAGUAAUAGCUAAAUUGCGAAACGAUGUAGAUAGUAAUAUCACAGAUAUUAAAACUAAAAAUGAAUUAAUAUCAAGAUUACAGGAGGAUCUGAAGAGUCAAAAAUCCAAAGUUGAAGUAGCGGAAAGAGAGAAAGUUUUACUACAGAAAGAAUUGGCCAUGAAAGGACAGGAAGUUAGAGAUAAAAAUGACAAUAAUAAUGCCACAGGCCUGCUGGGACAAGGAGAUAACGCCUCGCAAAAAUCAGAAGACAAAGAGAUGUUGGACGGACAAGUGAGCUUCCUGAACUCGGUGAUAGUGGACAUGCAGCGCAAGAACGAGCAGCUGCAGGCGCGCGUGCAGGCGCUGGAGGCGGGCGAGCCCGACCCGCCCUUGGCCAACGGUCGCAAAGUCCGAGCCGUAGCCCCGCGCCAGUUCUGCGACAUCUGCGACGUGUUCGACGCGCACGACACGGACGAGUGCCCGCGCCAGGCGCCACUACCCCCCGCCCCGCGCCGCGGCCCGCCGCCGCCGCGCGACUACUGCGACAUUUGUGAAGUGUUCGGGCACUCUACGGAGAACUGUGAUGAAGAAGAAACUUUU